AUAAAGAUGAGGUGGAUACUAUUUCCAGUUAUUAUCCAGAUAUUUGUCACAUGUGUCCGGGCGAGUGACAAAGUGUUUUGGUAUGAGAGUCCGGCCGCGGGCGGCAUGAAUGAGGCUCUGCCUAUCGGUAAUGGACGGAUAGGUGGACUCAUUUAUGGACACCCGGAUACAGAGUGGAUAGUUAUGAAUGAAAUAAGUUUAUGGACGGGCGAUGACAACCCUUCUCAAUCGUACAACGACCCCGGUUAUGGCGAUUACCAGAUGUUGGGUAAUGUUUUCAUUUUUCUAACCGAUCAUAAAGACAACACUCAUUACAAGCGAGCGCUGGAUAUCGGGGACGCCGUGUCGACCGUCCAAUACGAAGCGCAUGGCGUUCAAUACAAACGCGAGUACUUUGCGAGCCAUGUGUCGCAGGUAUUGGUCGGCCGAUUGACCGCCGAUAAGGGAAAGGCAUACACCGGUCGCAUAGAACUGCAGGACUCGCAUAACUCGACCCUUCAUGCGGUGAACAAUACGAUCGCAGCGGACGGCGAACUAGUGAAUGGUUUGCGGUUUGCGUGGAAAGUGUUGGUCCAAAAUACCGGCGGAAGUCUCAAAGUGAACGGCGCUGUCAUUGAGUUCAACGGCUGCGACGCCUUGACUCUCAUCGUUAGCGCCGGUACUGACUAUGUGUUCGACGACUCGAAGAAGUUUAAGUCCGGCGAAGACCCGGCUGUUCACGUAAAAGAGUGGUUGGGGAAGGCCGCCGAAAAGUCAUACGAUAGCCUACGGGCGGAACACCUGUCGGACUUCCACGCGUUGUUCAAUAGGGUUGACGUGGAUUUGGGUGAGUCGUCGGCGCAACAGACGGCGUCACCGACCGUUAAGCGGAAGGUCGCGGCCGUCAAUACAUUUGACCCGGACUUCGAGGAAAUGUUUUUCCAGUUCGGACGGUAUCUCAUGAUAUCGUCAUCGCGAGGGAGUCUUCCCGCCAACUUACAGGGUCUAUGGAACGACAACAAUAACCCGGCCUGGCAUGCUGACUACCACGGGAACAUUAAUUUACAAAUGAACUAUUGGCCUGCGGAAACAACUAACCUUGGUGAAUGUCAUUUGCCACUAUUCAAUUUUAUUCAGAGUCAAUUGAAUCCUUGGCGCAGACAAACACGUGCUUCCGACAAACUACUGACACCUGAUGGCAAACACUCGUCGAAAGGUGUGGCCUGUAUUGGAGAGCAUAAUAUCUACGGAGGAAUGGGUUUAUUCCUUAUGGAUGGACACAUGGAUUGGGAUAAGACGGUCACCGCUUGGUAUGCGCAACACUUUUGGGAACAUUAUGCGUUCACAAUGGAUAAGACAUUUUUAAAAGACGUGGCGUAUCCCUACCUGAAAGAGGUGUCCGAGUUCUGGGACGAGCACCUGAAGACUGUGACAAAAGGCACCAAAGAGCAGUUGGGAAAACUGGACGGCUGUAGCUAUAAUCAAGAGAUUGUGUGGGAUUUGUACACAAAUUACGUGAAAGCGGCGGACGUUUUGGGAGUCGACAAAGAGUUCAGGGAUCGCAUAGUGGGUGAGAGGGAUAAGCUGUUAUGGCCAGGGAUUGGAUCGUUCGGACAAUUGAUGGAAUGGAUGGAAGAACAGCCCGGAGAGAAGACCGACCAUCACAGACAUACUUCCCAUUUGUUUGGCGUAUAUCCGGGACACCAAUUCAAUUGGGAGACAACCGCCAAUUUAGCCAAUGCGUCCCUGGUGUCGCUUAAUGCCAGGGGUAUAGACCCAUCCAGUGAUGUGAGGGAGUGGUCGUUCGCGUGGCGCUCAGCCCUAUACGCUCGGCUCAGGGAUGCCGAGAACGCCUACCAGUUAUUCCGCGUAUUGCUCGCUGAGCGGAAUACCAAUCCAAAUAUGUUUGGCAACUGUCCUCCGAUGCAAAUCGACGGCAACUUCGGUAUAACCGGAGCCAUCCCCGAAUUCGUGGUCCAGAGUCACGCGGAUGUCAUUGAUUUGUUGCCGGCUCUGCCCGCGAACUGGAAGGUCGGACACGCGAAAGGUCUGCGGGCCAGAGGGGGACACGAGUUGGACAUCUAUUGGGAAAAUCAUACGUUGAAUAAUGUUUUGAUUAAGAGUGCGGUCGCCGGCGAAGUUAAAGUCAAGUUUGGAAAUACUGUCAAAACGAUUAAAGUAUUUGUCACAUGUGUCCGGGCGAGUGACAAAGUGUUUUGGUAUGAAAGUCCGGCCGCGGAUGGUAUGACUGAGGCCUUGCCUAUCGGUAAUGGACGGAUAGGUGGACUGGUAUAUGGACACCCUGAUAAAGAGAGAAUAAAUAUGAAUGACAUAACUUUAUGGACGGGCGAUGACAACCCGUCCCAAGAUUAUUGGGGCCCCGGUUUUGGUGAUUACCAGACAUUUGGUAAUAUUGUCGUCGAUUUACCCGAUCAUAAAGAGAACACAAAUUACAGGCGAGCUCUGGAUAUCGGGGACGCCGUGUCGACCGUCCAAUACGAAGCGCAUGGCGUUCAAUACAAACGGGAAUACUUUGUGAGUCACGUGUCGGAAGUAUUGGUCGGCCGGUUGACCGCCGACAAGGGAAAGGCAUACACCGGUCGCAUAGAACUGCUGGACAUCCAUAACAUUACCUCCAAUGCGGUGAACAAUACAAUCGCAGUGGACGGCAAACUAGUGAAUGAUUUGCGCUUUGCGUGGAAAGUGUUGGUCCAAAAUACCGGCGGAAGUCUCAAAGUGAACGGCGCUGUCAUUGAGUUCAACGGCUGCGACGCCUUGACUCUCAUCGUUAGCGCCGGUACUGACUAUGUGUUCGACGACUCGAAGAAGUAUAAGUCCGGCGAAGACCCGGCUGUUCACGUGAACGAGUGGGUCGGGAAGGCCGCCGAAAAGUCAUACAAUAGCCUACGGGCGGAACACCUGUCGGACUUCCACGGGUUGUUCAAUAGAGUUGACGUGGAUUUUGGUCAGUCGUCGGCACAACAGACGGCGUUACCGACCGUUAAGCGGAAGGUCGCGGCCGUCAUUACAUUUGAUCCGGACUUCGAGGAAAUGUUUUAUCAGUUCGGAAGGUAUCUCAUGAUAUCGUCGUCGCGAAACAGUCUCCCGGCUAACUUACAGGGUCUAUGGAACGACAAUAAUAGCCCGCCCUGGCAUGCGGACUAUCACACCGACUUGAAUAUACAAAUGAACUAUUGGCCGGUGGAGACGGCUAACCUUGGUGAAUGCCAUUUGCCCUUGUUCAAUAUGGUUCGGAGUCUAUUGAAUCCGUGGCGCAAACAAACGCGAGCCGCCAAAGGAUUACUGACACCGGAGGGCAAACACUCGUCAAAAGGUGUGGCCACUGCCGGUCAGCACAAUAUUUACGGAGGAAUGUCUUUAUUAUGGGAUGAAUGGGAUAAGACGGACACCGCGUGGUAUGCACAACACUUUUGGGAACAUUACGCGUUCGGAUUGAAUGCUACAUUUCUAAAGGACGUGGCCUAUCCCUACCUGAAAGAGGUGUCCGAGUUCUGGGACGAGCAGCUGAAGGUUGUGACGAACGGCACUAAAGAACAGUUGGGAAAACUGGUGGUCUUUAAGGGGUGGUCACCAGAGCACGGACCCCAUGAGGACGGCGUCAGCUAUAAUCAAGAGAUCGUUUGGGAUUUGUACACAAAUUACGUGAAAGCGGCGGAUAUUUUGGGAGUCGACAAAGAGUUCAGGGAUCGCAUUGCAGGUCAGAGGGAUAAGCUGUUAUGGCCAGGGAUUGGAUCUUUCGGACAAGUGAUGGAAUGGAUGGAAGAACAACCCGGAGAAAAGGAUGACCAUCACAGACAUACUUCCCAUUUGUUUGGCGUAUACCCGGGACAUCAAUUCAAUUGGGAAACGUCGCCCACUUUGGCUAACGCGUCCCUG